UUAGGAUUGCUCUAGCUUUCUUAAGAAAACUUUUUUUAUAAGCCAAUAAUAAAUAUUAUUUUUAAUUACGUAUUAAACAUGUUGAACUUUAAGAUUUAAAAAAGAAAACAAUUUGGAAUUUCAAGAAUCAGCUUGUGUGUUGUUUUGAAUUUUUUCUUUCCUUUGUUUUUCUUUUUCUUUCCUUCUUUUCUUUUUUUCUGGCCCCAUGUACCAUGUAGUGCCGUUAAAAUAUGUCAAACUGAUUUUGAGAGAAUUUUAAAAAAAAAAAGUUAUCUGUAUUUGGUUCAUAGGAUUCCCAAAUGUGGUAGGGUGUGUGGAUGGCACUCAAAUUAAGAUAAAAGCUCCGAAGGAAAACGAGGCUGAUUUUAUAAACAGGAAAGGUUUCCAUUCCCUAAAUGUACAGAUGAUAUGUGGCCCUGAUUUUUCAAUCACAAACGUUGUGGCCAAAUGGCCUGGAUCAGUCCAUGAUUCCAGAAUUUUCAAAGAAUCUGCGUUAUGUAGAGAAUUUGAAAAUGGACACAUACAAGGAAUACUUUUGGGAGAUUCGGGGUAUGCCCUCAAACCCUACCUUAUGACGCCAUACCUGAACCCAUCUGAGAUUCAUUUGCAACGGUUUACUACUGCCCACUGUAGGACAAGAGUGUUGAUAGAGCAGACAUCCGGCAUCAUUAAGCGCAGGUUCUCUUGUUUACAUACUGAAUUACGAGUUUCACCCCAGAGGGCCUGUGUAGCCAUCAUUGCCUCUUGUGUCUUACACAAUAUUGGCAUAAUGCGUGGAGACAUUUUGCCAAAUGCGGACAUCGACAUAAAUGAUGAGUGGGAUCAGGCGGAAGACUUGGGAGGCGAUGGUAAAACUGUACGUGACCACAUAGCCUUGAACUACUUCUGAGAGUGUCCCUGUCUGGAAAGUAUUGGACUGUGCUGUGCUUGAAGGUCAGGGUUGUUCUUCAAUGUUCUCUUCUAUGUUGGACACUGACUGUUGUAAAAAA